AUGCCUAAAACCGCAACUCUGGUACUGUUGGUCAGCCUAAUGGGAAUGGCGUUCGCGAUCCGGUGUACGUUCGACGCCGAGUGUACGGUCAGUGGGGUUGUGCACCAGUGCGUGAACGGCCAGUGCCAACUGGCCCCUGGCCCGGUAGUCGAGUGUUACCAGGAUGUCAAUUGCUACGCCUACGGCAUAUACUUCAAGUGCGAAAACGCCAAGUGCGUUCCCAGUGAUCAUAAAAUAUGCCUGUCCGAUGCGGACUGUAAGAAAAAUAAGCUACAUAAGCACUGCAAGGAGAACCAUUGUAAAUUUCCCGACCGUAUUUUAUACGCCAGUACAGUUAAAGCUCGUUCGCAUAUAACGUACGCGGCACAGGUGGGCGUUAAACAGAUGACGUUUGAUAAAGAGCACGAACUUCAUAAAGUAAAACAACUGCAUCCCUGUGCUGACAUGGUGUUACGCAUACGUGUACCUAGAACCUAUUCCAAAUGGCACCUGGGAACGGCCAACUAUUCCAAAUAUGGUGCCAGUCUACAACAGGUGCGCCCCCUAUUGCAAGUGGCUAAGAAACUUGGUGUAAACGUAAUUGGUACUAGUUUCUACGUGGGCACUUUGUGUCAACAGGGUGAUGCCUAUGCCAAAGCCAUUGGUGACGCUAAAUACGCGUUUGACCAGGGUAAAGAGUUGGGUUUCAAUAUGCACCUACUUGAUAUCGGUGGUGGAUUUUCGGGAUCCAUCAGUGCGCUUAAUGAAACCUCGGAUCAAAUGGCACAGACUGUAUAUAAGGCCCUGGAGUUAUACUUCCCGGCUAACACUACUACUAACCUGACCAUUAUUUCGGAGUUUGGACGAUACUAUGUGGACACUGGGUACACAUUAGCCGCCAUAAUAGAGGACAGAAAACGUGUCGAGUUAUCCCACCAUAAGAGUAAUAUCCGCACAGAUAUGCCGUACUAUAUAUACAUAUACUAUAUUACGGACGGCGCGCAGUGUGGGUUCAGGAGGUCCCGUUACCAACGCCGGCUCAGUGAUCCCAGCACAAUAUGGGGCCCGGCGUACGGUAGUAACCACACGGCCCGAAAGGGCGUUAUGCUACCGGAGCUGAGUAUCGGCGAAUGGGUCUACUUUAGAAAUAUGGGCGCCUAUACAUUGUACAACAUCGGUGCCGAGUUUAUGGCGUUUAAAGUGCCCAGGCAGUUUUUCUAUGUGACGGACAGGGCUCGACAUUUUAUAGACAAUAUGUUUAAUAGGGACAGGAUUUUUGCGAUUUUAGAAACUGGAUUGAUCCCGAGUAUCCCCGUAAUUAAGGGACCCGGUGCUAACAGUACUAUUCCCGCGACUGUGGGCACCGUUACCAAAAGUACUAUUCAAGCCCCUGUGGGAAACGGUAUCAAGAGUACAGUUCCCGAUAUUUUGGGAGCCAUUCCC